AUGUGGCUGCUGUCGGUGGCCAUCGCCGCCUGCCUGGCCGUGGCUGUCCGCUACUUGCUGUCACCGCUACCUGCCGAUAUUCAGCAGAAAUGGAAACUUUUGCUACUGGACGCCUUUAUAAAGACUCUCGCAAGCUUAGCGCUUGUGAUGGAAUGGCUGGGCUUGGGGAACCACAUCAAGAUCACCCGAGAGAUGUCCAGGAGGCUUGAAAGCAACAACAAAAAGUCCAAAGCUGAGGCUGGCGAGGGUGUCCCAGCAGUCAACGACACGUCUUUCAACGGCAUUCCUGUACGAGUCUACCAGCCUUCACCGAUCGAUGGCAAGGAUCAUCUCAAGAGGGGGUUACUCUACAUCCAUGGAGGAGGCUGGGCUUACGGAAGUCCCAAGGUCGGAGCGUACAAUUAUGGCUGCCGCAAAAUGUCCAAAGAGCUCCACAUGGUUGUGGUUUCUGUUGAUUAUCGUCUGUAUCCCGACGUACGAUUCCCGAUGCCGUACCUGGACUGCCUCGCGGCUGCCAAGCACUUCCUAUCCCCAGAGGUGCUGACGGAUUAUGGCGUUGACCCGCGGCGUGUGGGCGUGGCAGGGGACAGCGCGGGCGGCAAUCUGUCGGCGGCAAUCGCUCAGGCUAUUGCCACAGAUGACAGCAUGCCUGUUAAGUUCAACAUGCAAGCCUUGAUCUACCCGGCCUUACAGGCCUUGGACUUCAAAACGCCAUCCUACCAGCAGAACCGGGACAUGGUCAUCCUUGACGCCCCACUCAUGGCUCAAUUUUGGCUUCAGUACCUGGGCGGCGACCUCUCCCUGAAGCCACGCCUCCUCGCCAAUGAGCACAGUGCCAAGCUCAUGCCAGAGCUGAGGGCUCACCUGGACUGGACAGCCCUCCUUCCUCCCGAGUGCCAGAAAGGCUUUUUUCCUGCGCAUGGCAAAGGAAUGGAGAGUAGAAAACGAAUCCAGGAUGAAAUCCCAAAUUUGCUGGACGUACGCGCAUCACCCCUCCUAGCGGGAUCCGACGUUUUGGCCAAGUGUCCCCAGGCUUAUAUCAUGACGUGCGAGUACGAUGUGCUGCGCGACGACGGGUUGAUGUACGCGCGGCGCCUGAAGGACGCCGGUGUGGAGGUCACGAGUGAGCACCACAUGGAUGGCUUCCACGCGUGCUUCAGCCUCAACAUGGGGCCCUUCACCUUCGACGUUGGAGUGAGAGUCUUCGACGCAUACCUCCAGUGGCUGCGUGACAAUUUGUAG